UUAUUUCUAUCAAUCACGUGGCUCUCAAGCUCUUUGACUGCUCAGGGCUCAACGUUAUGGUCUUAACUCAUAUCUAAAAAAAACUGAUUGGAUGCGACCCAGCUACUCCUAGUUGCCAGGGAGCAGGAAGAGCAGCCAUGGCAGUCGGGGAGAGCCAGCUCCAAAGGAUUAUCCGAGAUCUGCACGAUGCUGUUGCAGAGCUCGCAAAAGAGUACAAGGAAAGUGGGGAGCCAAUCACAGAUGACAGCACCAGUCUGCACAAAUUCUCCUAUAAACUGGAGUAUCUGCUACAGUUUGACCAAAAGGAGAAAACCACUUUUCUGGGCACUAAGAAAGACUACUGGGAUUACUUCACUGAUUGUUUGGCAAAGAUCAAAGGAGCCAAUGAUGGCAUUCGUUUUGUGAAAUCCAUUUCUGAGCUGAAGACGUCUUUAGGAAAGGGACGAGCUUUCAUCCGCUACUCCCUGGUUCAUCAGCGAUUGGCUGACACGCUGCAGCAGUGCUUGAUCAACAAGAGAGUCACCAGUGACUGGUACUAUGCAAGAAGUCCCUUUUUGAAGCCACACCUUAGUGCUGACAUAAUAAAUCAUCUGUACGAGCUCAACGAGGUGCAGUUUGAUGUGGCUUCCAGAGGCCAUGAUCUUGAUGCCUCCUGGCCAACAUUUGCAAGGAGGACACUAGGAAAUGCUAGUUCACCUGGCCACAUGUGGAAACCACCAAGUCGCAGUUCCAGUAUCAAUAGUCUGGCCAGUUCUUACUCUCAGCAAGCGCCUGAGUGUGCCUCCAGCCCAGACUAUGGGCAUAGUUUAUUGAAUGAUCUGAAUGAUUCCCUACCAGCCUGCAUGGAAGAUAGCAACACAGUUGAAGACCUUCGCUUGGAGCUCGAUCAGUCUGAGCUAAAGCAAAGAGAUCUCCUUGAUAAGGUUCAGCAGCUUGGCGAGGAGUCUGCCGAGAUGAAAGGAGUAAUUGAAGAGCUUCAGAGUCAGCUCAAUGUGUCGCUUGCCGCUCAAGAAGGGCACCUGCGCUUGCAGGAAGAACUCAGAGACUUGCAGGGGAGAGAAGUUGCUCUAUCCUGCCAGGUGGAAGCUCUUAGAGCUGAGGAAAAGGCAAAGGAAACACAGCAUGCCUCACUUCAGGAAAAGCUGGCUGCUGCCGAGCAAAAGAACAUAGAGCUCAUGGCCAAAUUGGAUGGGAUUCUAGAUGAGAAAGGCCAGCAGGCUGCCAGUUAUUUUGAUUCAGCGCAGAAGAUUCACGAGUUGUUAGACAAGUUAAAGGAGGCAGAGAAAGGGAAGAUGGAAGCUUUAGCUGAGAUGGAGGAGAACAGGAGACGGGUAGAGAGGCUGCGAGAGGAGGCAAGAGUCAGUGAGGGGAAGUGGAAGGAGAAUGAAACAAAGCUUGAGGCAUUGCUGACUUCUUCUGAAGAGGACAAGGCCAAGUUGAAGGCAAAAGUGGAAGAACAGUCCAGUACUCUGGAAAAGCUUCAGGGGGACCUGGCGCUGAGAGAAACGGAGAUGAGCAGUCUGCAGAGAGAGUUGGAGGACUUGAAAGGAUCUCUAGAAAAGAAAGAACAUGAUUUAGAGGAGGUGAAGAGGAGGGCAAAGCAAGAAAAAGAAGAGAUGCAGAAAAUUUUAGAUAAUUCAAAUGAGUCUUUAGAAGCUAAAGUUAAUGAACUUUCUCUGCAGCUUACAAACAAAGAAGCAGAGCUAAGCUCCAGCAGUGAGACACUACAAAAGCUAGAAACCAAGAACAAAAUGCUGAUUACAGAAAGGGACGAACUGACCGCUAGCCUAGAUCAGUACCAGGCAAAGAUCAGAGAACAGGUGGAGGACUACCAGAGGAAAUGUGCCAGCUUACAGGAAAUAAAAGAGAAGCUGGUGAGCAGAAAUGAGGAGCAGGAAAAGGAGAUGGCAGAGAACAGAAAGGUGCUUGAGGCUGAACUGGUAGCUUUAAGAGCUUCUGAGAAACAGCUGCGAGGUCAGGUGGAUGAUGCCAAGAUGACGGUGGAUGAAAAAGAGAAAUCUCUCCGUGAGGAGAACCGCAGUCUGGAUGAGAGUCUGCAGCGGGCCACAAUGGCUGCAAACAAAUCAGAGAGUACAGCAAAGCGGCUGGAGCAGGAGAACCAGACUCUGAGGGAGGAGCAGGACAACUUAAAGGCAACACUAACUCGGUUAGAGAUGGACUUGAAAAAUGCUCACGUUCAGAUCAGAGAACUGGAAAAAAACUUGGCUGCUUUAAACACUAAAGAGGUCAGUCUUCAAGAACAACUCAAUACAAAAGAAGAGCAGAUGGAAAACAAAGAUAAGGAAGUUGUUAAAUUGAUGUCAAUGUUAAAAGAAUUGGAGGCAAAGGAGAAAGAGUCUGAGAUAGCCAAAGCAAAGGCAGAAGCAACUUGUGCUAAACAGGCAGAACUGAUAGAAAGGAUAACAUCAGAGAAGCAGACAAUGGAGACGUUACAACUAGAGAGGAGCUCAGCCCAAGCAAAGGAGAGCCAGGAACUGAUUGCUAAGGUAAAUGUAGUUGAAAGCCAGUUGGAAGUUAGAACAAAGGAUGUUUCCAGGCUCCAGGAAGAAAUCCUGGACCUGAAAGUGCAAGUGCAGAGAUCUGAGGAGGAAAAACUGAAAUCUCAAGCACAGCUGGAGUUGACAGAGGCCCAAAGAGAUGAGCUCAGGUCUCUUACUGAGCAGCUUAAAUCCCAAGCAGAGGGACUGAACCAGAGGCACAUGGCAGAGCUCCUGGACUGUAAAAAGAAAGAAGAGGCAUUGGUUCACCAGUGUGAUCGAGAAGUAGCUGCCUAUGCGGAGUUAUCUAAUUCUUCCGCUGCCAUUCGGGAAGAGCUUGCUGCCAUCAAAGCAGAAAACGGCAAGCUGGCCUCAGAGAACACAGAGAUCCGUGAGGCUUUGCACAGAGCAAACACAGAGAUGGCAGAGCUGGGGAUGACCAUCUGUAAGCUGAACGCAGAGAGGGAAGAAGCAAGCGAACACUUAACAGCUGAUGCUGCUAGGAUUGAAGAGUUGGAGAAAGAAGUGGAGCGGAUUGAGAAGUGUGUGAAUGACUUACGGCAGGAGAACAACCAUUUACGGGAGGAGCUGACGCAGAAGGAGUCCCUGCCUGGGACUAUUGAGGAGCUCCAAGAGGAGCUGGAAAAAGCCAAAAACCAAGUGCGCAGCGUUAAGGACUGCUGCCGAGAGGAGAUGGAUGCUGUCAAGUUCCAAAUGAGCUCUGAGACCAUGAACCAUCAGGUUCAAAUAAAGGCUUUGACUGAAAAUUUGGAGAAAGUUUCUGCACAGCUGGAGGAGGAGCAAAAAAUAGUUUCCAGCUUGGAAGAGGAAGUGUCUGAACUCAAGGCUGUGAAUGAAAAAUACUUGCAGCUGAUUGGUGAGAAAGAUGCUUACAUCACACAGGCGGAAGCCACCAUCCGUGAGAAUGAAGACGAAAUUCAGCAACUGAGAACCUCUGUAACCAGUUCUGAAGAGGCACACUUGGCUGCUCAAACCAUGUGUGAGGAACUCGAGCAGAAACUUGAAGCAACAGAGUCUGAGAAACAAAGUCAAUAUCUGAAGAUGGGUGCAGAGAUUGAGGACCUCAACAAUACGAAGAUUAACCUGGAGGAGAGGCUUAUUGAGCUUAUAAAGGACAAAGAUGCCCUGUGGCAGAAGUCUGAUGCUUUGGAGUUUGAGCAGAAACUGCGAGCUGAGGAGCAGUGGUGGUUGGUGGAUAAGGAGGCCACUCACUGUCUGGGCUGCAAUGGUCAGUUCACCUGGUAUCUGCGCAGGCAUCACUGCAGACUCUGUGGCCGCAUUUUCUGCUAUUACUGCAGUAACAACUUUGUCAUGACAAAGCACAGCGGGAAGAAGGAGCGCUGCUGCAGCGACUGCUGCAAACAGCACAGUACAGUGGUAGAGAGGUUCACAGAGGCAGAUGCGAGUCCUUCGGAUACGCAGCCACCCCCAGCCGCUGCUGAACCCCAGCUUCCUCCGCAGCCGCCUCCAUACAAGGAGACUUCCGGAGGAACUGUUUCUGAGCCCAGUAGCAGAUCUGACGAUGGAGGUUAUGACAUCAUCACAGAAGAGGAGGUGAAUGACGUCUACAACAGCGAUAGUAACUCUCAGACCACCGGAGGCUCUCUGGAGGAAGAUCAAGAGCACCAGCAUCCAGGAGCACAUGAAACAGGUCCUGGAGAUGUGACCCCUGAUGAAGACGGUGUCCCCACGGUUCAAGAUGCAGAGAUUAACCUCCUCAGAUCAGGGGAAGUCACAGCCACUGUCCCUCUGAGCAUUGAUGACAUUUCACAGUUUGGUGACGGCUCCAGGGAGCUCUUUAUCAAGUCCAGCUGCUAUAGUACCAUUGAUGUAACUGUGACAGAAUGUGGGACGAGUAUUGGCUGGAUGUUCUCCUCCGAGCCCAAGAGUAUCUCCUUCAGUGUGGUUUACCGGGAAUCCAGUGAAAGUGAGGUGGAACAGUCAAAGGUUCUGAUUUCUCUGACUCGUUGCAAUUCCCAUAAGGAGACAGUUCAGGGACAACUGAAAGCACGACACCCAGGCCUCUACACACUCAUCUUUGACAAUUCCUUCUCCAGGUUUAUCUCCAAGAAAGUGUUUUACCACUUGACCAUGGAGAAGCCUGUAAUCUACGAUGGAAGUGAUGGACCUUGAAGCUUUGUGGUACUGAGUG